GUGAAACUCACAAAGGAAGAUAUUCCAGGUGCUUCUCUUGAAGGAAGGUUGCCAUCUCAGAAAAUUGAAGAACAAAAUUCUGGCUCGAUGUCGUGGCGACUCUUGCAAAGGACUCAAAACAAAGCAGAAUACGUAACUGAAAAGGUACUUUGGAAUUUACGUAGACCACGUUGUUGAAAGCAGCUUCUUGUUACCUUUUAUGAUAACUCUGAGGUUAUGGAAGUACUAAACUGUUUAAACAAUGAAAUUGUGCCUCUCAUAACCGUGAGUUGGAUGAAUACAUUUUAAGUGGUCGCUACAAUAAUAUUAUUGACCCAGGAUAAAAUUUGUACAAAAAGAAAGGAUAAAAUUUAUACAAAAAGAAAAGAAAAGCAAAAAGGUUGUGUAGACCAGGGAGUCGCAUCAUUAAUAAAGCCAAUUAAAUAUCCUGAAGACGGUUGGUCUUCU